AUGGCCGGAAAUAACAGGAAUCAAGGGUUAAUUCAAAUUUCUGACUCUAACAAUGAAAAUAACUUAUUAGUUACUGAAAGUAAUAGUGCUCAACAAUCACGUCAACGUUCAGAAAAUAACGUCAGAAAGAGCAUCUGUUGGAAGUAUUUUGAACCAUUUAAAGUUCCGAAGCGUGGUGAGAUAACAAAGUGCACUAUUGAUGGAUGUAAUACGGAAUACACAUGGUGCGGAUCCACUUUUAACCUUGUCCGCCAUCUUAGGACUAAGCAUGAUAUAACAUCUACAACAGUUAUUCAAUCAUCAUUAACAAACAAUAACUCUAGAAACUUUGUUAAUCUACCAGUAAUUAAAUUUAUUGUCUCCUCCGUAUUACCUUUUAAUAUUGUUGAUAAUUUAAAGUCUUCUGGACUUGUUAAUCAACAAAUUACUUCUAGCAUUAUAGAAAAACAAACAUAUAAAGUAUAUGAUUUCUUAUUCUCUCAAUUGAAAUCAAAAAUUCAGCAAGCGAAAUUUGGCAUGCUCUCAUUUAGUACAUUAUAUGACGAUACGAUUGAUGAAUGUAUUGUCAUCAUUGCUUAUGUUUGGCUAACUGAGGAUUUCAAAUUUCGUAAAAUCUUACUGCAUGUGGACUACUUUAAUUUUAUGGAAAAUACACUUGAUGAUAUUAUCAAUGCUUCAGCUAAGUGGAAAUUAACUAGGUUGGAAUUUAUUAACGGUAAUCCAGAAGACUUCGAUCUUUUUAAUUCUGUUGAUGAUGAUGAUUAUCUUUAUAGCGAUAUGUCUGAAGAUAUUAUCAAAUGCGUGAACGGGGGUAAUGGUAAUUAUUUAAUAAGGUACAGUUUAAAAAGAUGGGUCGAAGAAAAUAAUACGCAAGAAAUAUCUAACAUUGUCACUGCUAUUAUGAACGCUACCGAUAAUCUUUGUUCAAUAGUAGAGUUUUUAAAAGAUAAUAGAACACAAAAAAUAAUGAAUGAUUCCCAAAGUGCAAAAGAAAUUAGGUGUAGUUGCAAUUAUCAUAAAAUAAAGUUUCUUAAAUUAAUAGAGCAACCUCUAAAGAUAUUAGUUAAUGAUCAUAGUAAUAGCAAGGAUAACUUUAUUAGAGAAAAUGUAAAAAAGCUUAAAAGCCUUUUAUUAGAUAAAUUACCAUUUAGCAUAUUUCCCGAAUUAUUGAGAUUAUUUAAGCCUUUGGAACAUAUUAAUGUCGUAACUAUGAGAAAUAUUAGAGAUAUGUUAGUCAAUGCAUCUAAUAUUUUAAAUGAGAGCCUGGCCAUAACUUCUCAGUAUUAUUGGGAACGUGUGACCCUCGAAUCGUUUCUGACAUUCUUAAUUAAUUCAUAUCUGAAUCUCCAUCAGAGAGUAGGUUUGUUUUUAGAUCCACAUUCUAAAUCAAUUUUCAUUCAUGAUCCAGCGGUUAAAAGGCUUGUGUUAGAUGAAUGCCAAAACUAUUAUUCAGAAUCUGUAAUUAAUUUGAAUAAAUCAAUACAAGACUCAGCACAUGAAGAAUUUGAAUAUUAUAUUAGUCGCUCACAAUUGUUCUAUAAUGAAAAUGAUGAUUUAUGUGAAUGGUGGCAAAAGUCAAAAAAUACAUAUCCUGGAUUAGCUACACUCGCAAUGAAGUAUUUGCCUUUACUAAAAUUAGAUGACGAAGACGUCCCCUUUGAAAAUGUUUUUAAAUUUUUUGACGCUUAUCAGAGUAUAAAAAUAGUAGAUAAAAUGGCAUUUUUACAUUAUAAUAUGAAGAAUUUUGAUUUAUGA